UCGGCUUCCUCGCGUAAUCGCCGUGUGUAAAAUCAAGGCACACGUGGAGUCAGGAUGGCGAACGUAGAAGCGCAGCUUCUCAAACGUGCCAUUGGAAACUUGCGCGAUGCUGUUUAAAACGGAAGUUGUUGUUUUGUGAGUCACAGGAAGUUAGAUCAGAGAAAAACAUUGUAGUUUGAACUUUUUAUUAUUAUUAUUUAAAGGCCCUUCAUUUGCUUUUUUGUCGUUUAAUUUUAUUUUCGUCAAACUUUUAAUCGAAGCAAGAUGGUCUGCGACAAAUGUGAAAAGAAACUGGGCAGAGUCAUCACUCCGGAUACGUGGAAAGAUGGAGCCAGAAACACAACAGAAAGCGGAGGCCGCAAGCUAAAUGAAAACAAGAUGCUGACAUCAAAGAAAGCGAGGUUUGACCCGUAUGGAAAAGCCAGAUUUGCGACGUGUAGAAUCUGUAAAAGUUCAGUGCACCAAGCUGGUUCCCACUACUGUCAAGGCUGCGCUUACAAAAAAGGCAUAUGUGCUAUGUGUGGCAAAAAAGUUUUGGAAACUAAAAACUACAAGCAAACAUCAGUGUAACAAAUCCCCCAGAACGGAGAGGGAUGCGAUAUGAGUUUCUGAACCUCAGUCUCUGCUUUUCUAGAGGAUGAAGACAAGCUCAAUUAUAGACUGUAUAUAUAUAUAUAUGCUGCAUAAUAAAAUGUUCUUUUUGAUUUUUAUAUUUUAUUUUUUUCAAAUUUUAUAGUGAAAGACACACGUGUUCUGUUUACCAGGGCUCCUGGCUAGAUGGCAGAAGGAAGUUCAUACAUCUAAAAUACGCCAAAAUAUUUGGAAGUAUAACGUUAGAAACGUUUGUAUAAGACAGGACAGAUGCUGUACUGUAGUGCUUGCCUCUGCCAGUUUCAAUCUACACUCCUACAGUCCUCAUUGGGGACACUGUUUUGCAUAUACGUUACAAUGGGGGUGUUUCCACGUGUGUUGUAAUUUUUCUCGAGACAUUGUGCUCAAGCCAAAUGAUAAAUGACCCUAUCAUUUCGGGUUUCCAUUGGCUCUGUUUAUUUUACUCGAGAAGACAGCUUUAUUACAUGAGUGUAACGCUGCUUUAGAGUUUCACUCAAACAAGAUGUCACAUGACAACUGGAUUUCUAGGUGAGAUUUUCUCUUGUAUCUGUUCUCUGUGCAUGGAAACCACACUUUACGCAUGGCUAAUUUGCAUAUCAGCCUCCUUUCCCCUUCAUUUGCAUGACCAGGUGAAAAAAGGGUCUUCUCGAGUAAAAUAAAUUGAGACCAUGGAAACCCGAAAUGUAUAGGGUUGUUUUUCAAUUGAUUUAUUAGAAGUGUUACCGAGUACCAAAGGCAAGUUUUAAGGACACGUUUUAUAAUGUGUUUUCCCAAGCGAUGAACAAUGUUUCAUAUAAAAAAACAAAAAAACUUGUGAUAUGUCUUUUAAGGCCACUAGGUGGCAUGUUGUACCCCUGUGAUAAUUCACACAUAACUGCAAUGUUUUUCAUGUUAGUUAAAAUGUGUGUAUGUGUGUGUGUAGACAAGUCAAUGUAGCUUGAUAAAUCAUGCCGUCAUUGACUUUUAAAUACCAGAUUUGCCCCAAAAACAAAACUUAAACCUGAAUAUAAAGGUUUUUGGUAAACUCUGAACUUGAUCUUUACUGUUAGAUCUCUUAUCAAUUACACCUGUACAGAAGAUCGGGUACGUGAAAAUCCUUGAGAAACAAUGUAAUUAAAGCAUCAUAUACUGGG